AUGACAAGAAAAGAGGCAGAGGAAACCCCUGAUGUGGUAACAUGUACAUAUCUUAUCAACUUCGUAUAUGCUAAGGUUCUAUUUGAUUAUGGUGCUAGUUAUUCAUUUAUAUCGCCAUUAUUUGUGAGGUAUUUAUACGUGAAUUUUGUGCCUCUUGAUUAUAAUUUAGUACAUGAUACUGCUAAUAAUAGUCAAAUAUCUAUUACCUGUGUUUUUGAUAAUUGUCAAAUUGAAAUUGAGGACUAUGGAUUGCCAAUUCGUCUGUUCCCAUUACCGAUGAGAGAGUUUGAUGUUGUGGUGGGCAUGGAUUGGUUAGCAGAAAAUCAGGCUAGUAUUGUGUAUAACAAAAAGCUAAUCAAUAUUGAUUUACCGGGGAAAGGACCGAUUGUGAUUUAUGGUGAUCUGCAGGAUCAUAAUAACAGCCUGAUAUAUAUCAUGAAAGCCAUAAAAUGUGUACAAAAAGGGUGUCAAGAUUUUCUAGCUUAUAUGGUCGAUUCAAAGAAAAAAAAAGGUUCUUCUGCAUUUGCAGGUCCGAUGCAUAUUUACAAAAGAGGUCCUUCUGAUUUGGACAUGCUUACAUCUGACCCAACAGAGGUUGUUUUCGUGCUUCUGAAUUUGCAGGCCUUAUUCUUUCUGCAGAUCCAGGGCCCAUCAAGCCAGCCGUCGGUUCACUGCCGUGGUGCCACCGCCGCCAGCCAACUCGCGUCUACCACCAUGUCUUCUUUCCCCAGGCGCAAAGUCCAAAUUGAAUACAAACUCUCCGAUACAGGAGAUGAAGAUAAGGCGAAAGUGGAUCUCGGAUACAAAGAAGGCAGCGAUGAACCCGCACUGUUCGACGGCGACGUCAGAAAAGAUCACGAUCCUUUCUCAGGGGGUAAAGUCCGUAGGAAAGCAUCUAUGGCUAGAACUUGCAGAGGUGAUUAUAUUGAUGUUCGCUCCAAGCCCUAUCUCAUGAAAAUACUCGAGAAACAAGGUGACAGGGGAGUAAUCUUUUCUGACAAAGUUCUGAAGUUUACAGGUUUAGGAAAGAUGAAACGACGAAUUCUGCUAAUUACUGACUUUGCCAUCUAUAUUGUUGAUCCGGAGGCACGUGCACUUAAAAGGCGGAUUGCCCUUGCUGCAGUUGAGAGACUUUGUUUGAGUGAAUUAAGCGAUAAUUUCUUUGCCGUUAUCGUUCCAACUGAGUAUGAUCUUCUCAUGGCUAGUACUCGGAAGACUGAGAUUGUAACUUUGUUGGUGGAAUCUAUGAAGACCACAUCAAAUUACGAAUUGGAAGUUCACUUAUCUAACAGCUUUGAGUACAAUGCUUCUUCUGAUCUAGUUAAAGAAAUUCAGUUUGAGGAGGUUGAAGAUGGAACCAGAACAAGAAUCGUAAACAAGUAAAACAUCUGUUGAUGCCAACCAUUCUUCGUAUCUUGUAAGCAAUUCAUUCUUGAUGUCCUUCUAUGAAGGCAUUUUUAAAUUCUUUUGACUCUUGCUAGUAAUUUCAGUAGACACAAUGUAAACCACCCAUCCUACAAACUCUAUCCUUCUGUUAUAUAAUUGUUUUCAUGUGCAACUUUCGAAAUUUAAACCCAAUUGAACAUGA